AUGAAGCUUAACAUAGCGUUUCCGUCCAAUGGGACUCAGAAGUGUAUUGAAGUCGAUGAAGAACUUAAACUUCGCCCAUUUUAUGAUAAACGUAUGUCCCAUGAGCUUCCAGUUGACUUUCUGGGGGACGAAUGGAAAGGAUACAUAAUGCGCAUAACUGGUGGAAAUGAUAAACAAGGUUUCCCUAUGAAACAAGGAGUUUUAACUAAUGGCCGUGUCAAGUUGCUGUUGAGCAAAGGAAGUUCGUGCUAUCGUCCUAGACGUAAAGGAGAACGACGACGCAAGAGCGUGCGUGGUUGUAUAGUUGAUAGUAAUUUAAGUGUCCUUAAUCUGGUUGUUGUACGCAAAGGAGAAAACGAUAUCCCUGGCUUGACUGACAAAGCAGUCGUGAUACUUUUGCCUUCACAUCCUUAUCCAAUACAAAUGAACCAAUAUAUUCAGAUUAUUUUCAAAAAAUAUGAACAAUUAAUCCGUUUCCGAAUGUUAUCAUCAUCAUCAUCAUCAUCAAUUGUAUAUUCAUCAUCGUCAGUUCCUCCACAUAUUCCAAUUAUGAAAUCAGAAAUUGUAAAAUACACCCAACCGAAACCAGGUCAAGUUUAUUUAGAUAUGACUUUUGGUACAGGAGGUCAUGCAAAUGAAAUAUUGAAAUAUGCUGCCGAUAAUUUAACUUGUUACUUUCUAGACCGUGAUCCAACAAGUUUCUCAUUUAUGGAAUCACUUCGUACAAAUUAUAGCACAUCCAGUCAUAAAAUCUAUCCACUUAUUGGACGAUUUAGUGAUCUUCCUCAAUUAUUAAAUGGCUAUGAUCUGAAAUAUCAAUCAGUUGAUUUAAUUCUUAUGGAUUUAGGUGUAAGUUCACCACAAUUAGACAAUGAAUUUCGUGGAUUUGGUUUUAAACAUAAUGCUCCGUUAGAUAUGCGUAUGAAUCAAUGUCGAAAUGUACAAAAAGAUACACCAACUGCAGCUGAUGUCAUUAAUACAUUGAAUGCUGAUGAACUAUCGAAUAUAUUCAGCAUUUAUGGUGAAGAACGUUUAUCCAGGCGUAUUGCAAAAGCUAUUGUUGAUUAUAGGAACGAUGCUGGUUCCAUUCAAACAACAAAACAGUUAGCUGAUUUAAUUCGUUCUGUUGUACCAGGGAAUAGAGAAGAUAGGGGCUCGAUUCAUCCAGCUACACGUGUAUUCCAAGCAUUACGUAUUUUCAUUAAUGAUGAACUAAACGAAUUAUGUAUCGGUUUAGAAUUAGCUGAAUUCUUAUUAAAACCUGGUGGUUAUUUAGUUGUUCUAUCAUUUCAUUCAUUAGAAGAUCGUUUAAUUAAAUGGGCAUUUCAUUAUGAUUGUAAACAUUUAGCAUUAUCAAAAUAUUUAUCACAACGAAGUCGAAAUUUUCAAUGUACUAAUAAAAGACAAGAAUAUGAAAAUGAUGAAAUAUUAGACGGAUCUUUAGGACAAAUAAAAUCGAAAUGGAGUUGUGUUAUUGGACCUAUAACUCCUUCCGAUUCGGAGAUAGAUUCUAAUCCAAGAAGUCGUUCAGCCAAGUUACGUAUAGCAAAAAGAGCAUAA